AUGGAUGAAGCUCUCGAUCAUGUCAAGGAUCUUGCCAAGUGUCUUGAUGAAGACAAUCGCAGCCGGCUGGUGAAUGAGCUGCGGGAUCUCAUAAUAUCCCUCGAGCCUGACGAAGAUGCGGUGCAGCGCAUCACCUUUGCCCUAUAUGCUGCGCGAAUUGGUGUCAGGCUGCGUCUCUUUCAUCUGCUCGCCUCCAGUGAUUCGGGCAUUCAUCUAGAUCGGCUGGCCAAAGAGACUUCUGCUGAUGAGAUAUUGCUUGGGCGGAUUAUGCGCUAUCUCGCGAGCGUCCGAAUGAUCACAGAGCUCGGACCCGACGUCUUUGCAGCGAGUAAAAUGACCCUGGCCUUGGCUACUCCCAAGGGCGAAAGCUAUAUUAACGCCUAUUACGAGCUAAUUCUUCCGGUGAUGGCCAAAAUGCCCCCAUUCCUCGAGCGAACCGGCUAUAGCAACCCCACGGACUCUCUCAAUCUGCCUCUGCAUGACGCAUUCGGGUGCAAAGGCGAUCUGUUCGCGUUCCUGAAAGCCCACCCGGAGAAAUGCGCCAUGUUCCACAACCACAUGCAUUUCCAAAGGAAUCAGACCACCAACUGGGCCAGACUUGCCACCGUUCUUCGCAGUAAGAAAACGGCAACAGACGAGGUCUUGUUUGUGGACGUGGGCGGGGGCACCGGCCAUCAAUGCCAGCGGGUUCUCCAGUAUGAUCCUGACAUUCCCGGUCGGUUCAUCCUUCAAGACUUGCCUCAGGUGAUGGAGGCUGCCCCCACCAUUCCAGGGGUUGAGAAGAUGCAUUACGAUAUAUUCGAGGAACAGCCUGUCAUAGGUGCCAAAUUCUACUACUUCCGGGGCGUUCUCCACGACUUCGCUGACAGCAGCUGUCAACCAAUUCUGCGCAAUACAGCAAAGGCGAUGCGCAACGGAUCUACCCUUCUUCUCGAUGAAAUGGUUCUUCCCAACAGUGGGGUAAAUUGGAUGGCUACUGCGAUGGAUCUACAGAUGAUGGCGAACGUCGGGGCGCAGGAACGGACCCGUGGAGCUUGGGCAGAUCUACUGGAGUCGGCGGGUCUGAAGCUGAUGAACAUUCAGUAUCACGGGUUGGACCCGUACCAGGCCCUGAUCUUUGCGGUCAAGCAGGGCGAGGAAAGGAUGUAG